AUGAAGAAUAAACCGGGUCUUAAACUUCCCAAGAGAUUGAGAGAAGUUACCCCACUGCAACCUACAUCGCAACCUCAGACAGUUGAAGAUUGGGUGGAGCAAGGUGCUUCGGAAGAAGAGUCUGGCGACCGUUGGAUCGGAUCUGAUUUGACAAAGGGUUUACGAUUCUUCCAAAAGGCAUAUGUCUCUUAUAAUGAAGCCAUUAGGGCGAUAUCUGGUGGUUCCUCUUUCUCUUCUUCUACGGUUGAUGCCUACUAUAAUAUAUCUAGACUAUUGUUCCAUGUGUACAAUAACUACAUUAAGCAAGAAGGUGUGAAUGUGUAUCUGUUUGAAAAUGUCAAUGAAGCAAUCAUAGGCGAUAAUGCUGUAAUCCAGCCAUUGCAUAAAAUUGUCAAAGCUCAUGAGAAAGCAGUUAACUAUAUUGAAUCAACGGGUGGUACGAUCCCAUUAGACUUGGUAUACAACAUUGCUUUAGUAUACACUGAAGAAAUUGAGACUGCUCAGGAGAAUGAAAUUCCAUUUGAACGAGUGUUGGAGAUUGGAUUGAAUGCUGAACGGUUGUUUGAAAGCUUGUUAACUCAACAAACUGCUAUUUUGCAAAAAUUUAUUGUAGAUUUAAGUCAGGGAGACGAAGUCGAAGAUGUAGAAACUAGCAGCACCGAUGGAAAUGAUACCCAGUUUGAAAGUGAGGAAUCUUUGCAACCUCCCGACAUUUAUGAGACGAUCCUUUCUAGUUAUAGGUUAGUUCAAUCGAUUUUGGAGAACGUUACUCAUCCAGAGCAGGUAAGUCAAGUAAGGACUUUGAUUGAAGAAUUCCUUCAAUCAGUGAAUUCAAUUGAAAGAGAGUUGAUACAAAGUUUUGGCGAAGGAAAUAACCAGAACUCUUUGAUUGAAUCUAUUCCCCAAGAUCUUAUACAUGAAUCUAAGAUUAUCAAGACGUUUAUAGAAGGUUUACUUGUCAAUGAUUUGAAUGCCUUGGUCCAAUUAUGGGAAGGUAAUGGUGAAGAUGCCUUACCUUCCAUUCCAGAAACUUACAUGCUGUUUGCGGACAACAUUCAAUCAUUCUUAGAUAGAAAUGAUAUUAAUUUGGACAAUUUGUCUACGUCAGAAGUAUACUGGAAUGCAUUGACUAAAAUGAAUAACAGCUACAAACUGGCUCAGGAAUUGUUGCAAAUAAAACUAUCUAGUUUGAAAGGUCAAGGUGUUGAUGGAAUUGGAGCUUUGGCAGCACAGAUAAGUGACAUCAUAAUAGCGAGAUCCGAUAUCGAUUUGCAGAGAAGUCAAAUAACUAACUACGACCCUGCAAUCAAACAUCAGCAAGUUUUAUUGAAUAACGCCAAAACCUUUUUGAAGAGUGCUGUGAACGUUGCAAACCAGUCUGGAGGGUUAAGAGAGAGAGCUACUGAGAAGAUGCUAAGGGAAAAGAGGAAAGUCGAUGCAGUUCUUAGGCUCUGCCUAAUUGAAAACAAAAUCACCGUCACUGAACUUGAUAAUAUUAUCGGGAGAUCAAGAUGGGCUAAUGAGUUGCCAAACUUAAUGCGUACCGGUUACUUUAAGCGAUUUGGUAUCGAGAGCAUUGAGAUCCCAAGUGCCUUCUAG